AUGAAAAGUAUUGACAUCAAAACUGUAUUUCUACAGGGUGAAUUUAUUGAUAGAGAUGUGUUUCUUUAUCCACCUCCCGAAGCCCACUGUGCCGAAGGAUAUGUGUGGAAACUUCGCAAAUGUGUUUAUGGUCUCUCAGAUGCGUCUCUUAAAUGGUAUCAGCGUGGCAAAAAUACCAUUUUAACACUUAGAGGGAAGGUGUCCCAUGUUGAUCCAGCCUUUUUUACAUGGCAUAAAGAGGUUGCGCAGCACCUUCACUGGACGGGAAGAGAAGAGGUAACCUUCAGAUAUCUCAACAUUUGUCAAGAUGAAGAAAAUAUUAUUAUCGAUCAGGCUGAUUACAUCAAUAGACUGCUGCCAACCUUAAUCGAUCGUUCUAAGAAUGAGAAAAUUCUUUCUUCAAAAGAACGAGAUGUUUUACGAUCUAAAAUCGGACAACUCUUGUGGGUAAGCAAUCAAACACGACCAGACAUCAGCUUUAACGUAUCAAAUCUCGCAGUCAAUAUGGAAAAAUCAACAUUCAAAGACAUUGUCGCCCUCAACAAAGUUAGAAAGUUAGAAAACUAA